GUCGCAUUUGAUCAAACUUCCCUGUUUAGGCUUCUGUGCUGCGUGGUUUUCAAAUUUCCCUUCUUUCAAAUCCCUCUCACCCUAAAAAGAUCCCACAUUUCCCAUCUAAAUAGAAGUAUAAAGCGACCUUCUUGGUGUUUAAGCGAUAAACCCAGAUUGAAACCCAUCAAUGGCUACCUCUGAACAAUCUAAAUAUCAUCAAUAUGAAGAAAAAGAUGGAGAUUUCUUGGAAAACGGAGAGUCCGACCCAGAAUAUGAUUCGGAUGAUGCGAUGAAGGACCCGAGUUAUAGCAGUACUCUUGAAGAAACCCAUGCCAACUUCUCAAAGCUCUCAAUCAAGCGUAAUUCAAAGACUCGUAUUGCUACAGAUAUCGAUCUUGGUAGUGAAGCGGACCUUGAUGGGCAGGAGGUGGUUUUACCUGAGCUGGACCAGAAAGAUGAGAAAAGCUUUGAACUGGUCCAAAAGAUUAUUGAAGCUAGACAAAUUGAGAAAUUGAAAGUGGAGCAAUGUAAGCUGUACCUGAGGAAGAAUGGGUUGAGAUUGACUGGCAAUAAAGACACGCUCAUUCAGCGGAUUAAGGAGCAUUUAGAGAUUUUGAAUGGUGGAGGUGAGAAGAAGUACCCAGCAUCUAGCUUUGUUUUGAAUUGUAAAGGGGAUGCAUGCACUAGCGAUGUUGUCAUGUUUGAACAAAAUGUUUAUGAAAUAUUUGACAUAGCUUCUAGGAGUGGAAGAGGCCCUCCAUGUGGCACAAGGAUUGUUGCAGGCCGAAUUGUUAAAGAAAGCUAUGGCGCUGCUAAACAGCAGCACACAUUUACAAUUGAGGUACUCUGGAGCAAGGGGGAGAAACCACUCCCUCCGCUUCAUCCCCUUCUAAUUAAGGGUCGGAACCUUUACAGGUUGAAAACUUUGAGACAGAGAUGGGAAGAUGAAGGGGAGAGGCAGAAAGUUUUGAUGGAAAAGCACUCAAGAGGAUCUCUUGCUAGGACUGCUAAAGAAGCACGGGUCCAAGAGAAGGACAUGAGAAAAAUGCUCAAGAGAAAUAGGGUUUCAAGAAAGGAGGAACCGAAAAAGAACCAGUCUCAGUUUAACUCAACCUCGGUGCUUAAAACAUCAGUUCAACCUCAGCAAUCUGUUUCACUUGUUAACUCAGCAAACCUACAUCAACUAGUUGGUAUAUCAGUUCAUUCAGGAAAUACGAAAGUGUGUUCUCAGCAAUUGGGAUUGUUUACUGAUUUAUCAAGAGACCCUUCAUUAAAACCAGCAACUCAAAUUCACCAAUCAGGGUUUGUUGUCUAUUCACAAAAUCCAGCAACUCAACCUCCAGCUCCAAAGUCAGGCUUUUUUGUUGAUUCUGGAAAGGUGACAACUCAACCUCAACUGACAAAGAAUACUACAAUGCAAGAUAGGUAUUUCAACCAAGCUUCUCAGAAAUUGAAUGAGAGUAGGAAUUCGAACAACACAGAAAGAGUGUACAAUAAAAGACAGCCAUUGACAAGUGUGAACCACUUUCUUCCGACAAGUCCACAAGGGCAAAAGCAGAUGUGCAAAUAUUAUGCUCAGGGUAGAUGUUAUUAUGGAAACAACUGCAAAUUUUCUCAUGCAAUGAGAGGGAAUUACAAUGAAAGGAGGGAAGAGAGGUGGCCUCAUGAGCAAAGGAACUUGUGUCAACAGCAAAUUUUCUUAUGGAAUGAGAGAGAACUACAGUCAAAGGAGUGAAGAGAGGUGGUCUCUUGAGCAAAGGAGGUCCUAGGUGGGAAUGCUCGAGUUAUAUUAGUGGAGAAACAUAGUGAUUGAACAUGUUUUUUAUAUUGUUUUGUUAUUUGUGACAAGUGAACAACUUUUUAAUGAAGCUCACAUGUACCCCACUAAUUUUUAUAUAUAAUCUCUUGGCAUGUUUACUAA